AUGAAGAUCAAUUCACUUAUUCUCUCGUUAUUUUUUUUGUUGUUAGGUUGCGUUCAAUCUCUCCCCACAGCCUUGAAUCUGAUCCGAGAUAACACUGGAAAACAUGAACUUUUCAAUCUCACUGCCGUCUUUGAUGAAACUAUUGGGCUUGUUGAAAAUAUCAUUACUGGAUUUGAAGAAGCAUCAAAUAUGAAUUUUUUCCAUGAUUUAUAUAACGACACGUUUUCAUACUUGCCAGAAGGUACUGGGAAUAUGACUAUUUUAGAGAAAUUGAAACUGUUAUUCGAUGCUGCAAUUUUGCAUGAUGAGCAAACGACUGAUGAUUUAUUGUUGACUCGAAUAUUUACCUUGUUGUAUGAAAGUUUAAAACCUAGUUCAUUGUCGUAUGAUUUCCAGUCAUGGUCAAAAUUGAGCAACACUUCGAAUGUCAACACCAGAGAGCCAAAGAAAAAAAUAUAUCCCAAGGCAACCAAUAGUGAUGCUCCUUACUCUUUGAAGGAAAAAGAUUUAAGGAAAGCAAUAUAUUUCCAUGAGGAGUUUCAGUUCACAAACGCAUCUAAGCCAAUUGUUCUUCUUGUUCCAGGUACUGGUAGUUACAGUGGAGAAGCCUAUUAUUCAAACAUAGCUAAGUUGAUUUUGCAAGAUGAGAUUGCUGAUAUCGUCUAUUUAAACAUACCUAAUAAACUUCUUAUGGACAUUCAAAUUAAUGCUGAAUAUGUUGCUUAUGCCAUAAAUUAUGUCUCUGGUGUUACAGGUGAUCGUAACAUAAGUGUUGUGAGUUGGUCGCAAGGAGGUCCAGCUACUCAAUGGGCAUUCAAAUAUUGGUAUUCUACACGUAAGCAGGUAUCUAAUUUUAUUCCUUUGAGUCCAGACAUUCAUGGUACCAAAAUAGCAAACCUUGUUUAUCCUCAUAAUCUAACACUUGGGGGACCACCUUCCGUCUUACAACAAAGAUAUGACUCAGAAUUCAUGAAAGCGCUUCGUUCAAAUGGCGGAAAUUCUGCAUUUGUUCCAACAACUUCAAUUUACUCUGGUUCCGAUUUCGUUGUUGUGCCCCAAACUGAUGAGGGUGCAUCAGCAUAUUUCAAAAAUGAGAAUGGAGUAGGCGCUGAAAAUUAUCAGCUACAAAAAAUUUGCAGCAACUAUCCUGCGGGAACAUAUUAUUCUCAUGAGGGAGUCAUGCUUAACCCAAUAACUUAUGCAUUGAUUGUAGAUGUGAUUACUCAUGACGGCACUGGGCAGCUUGAUAGAAUAGAUGUAGAAGAAGGCUGCUCUAAGGCUCUUACUGAUGGCCUCACACUUGAAGAUUUCACUGCAACUCAGUUGAUGCUCCUUUCAUGUUUGACAUCUAUAUUAACAUAUGAUGAUAGGAUUAUGGAAGAGCCAAAAUUAAAAAACUAUGCCUAUUAUUAG